GGCUGGGGCUGCCGCCUCCAAACGCCGGAUGGAGGUGGCCGGCUAAAAUGUCAGCUAAGAGGCAAAGACCCCUCCCUGCCUGUUUAUAAACACCACCACUUUCCCAUCUCCCAUAAAUGCCAUCUCAAGGAGAGGAGGUCCAACUGCGUACAUCCUCACAAAGUUGCACCCGGGUCAGGAAAUGCCUGGCUGCACCGCAGCGAUUGCAGUCUCCGCAGUGACUGACGCCCAGAGUUCGCUCAUGAAGUGCGGGGAGACACGAAGGGUCGCCAUAACAGAAUACCACAGACUGGAUGGCUUAAACAACAGAUAUUGCUUUUCUCACAGUUCCGGAGCCUGGAAGUCCAAGAUCAAGAAAGAGAAAAUAUUACUGGAGAAAACCAUGCCAAGCCUGAGAAUGUUGAGUACCCGAGGCCAAGCUCAACAAGGCCAGGGAACUUUCCGGUUGGGGAUCCUAUGGAGAGUCUGACUCUGGAACCGGUGCUACAGACAGACGUUGUUAAAGCUGGUCAAUCCAAGUUUCUGCAGCCUCUGUGGAGGGGAACAUGCCGGCUGACAGCCUCUACUAACAGGUUGGGGCUCCCUCCUGCUGCUCCUGCCCUCCCAGCCACCAGCUCAUUGGAGCAAGACCAGGAUUAAGUGGACCUACAAGGAUCUGCACAUUUGGUCCCAGUACCCUCCCAGUUCACCCCAUAUCCCACCCACGUGGACUCCUCAUCCUCAUUUUUGUACUGCCAACCUUUGCCUGGGAAAGGCUUCUUUCUGACCCUGCUUGCCUGGAAAAGCCCAAUCAUCCUUCAGGAACCAGCUCAAAGUUCACCUCCUCUGUGAAGGCUCCCCUGAAAUAGGAGUUACUCAUCCCCACAUGCUGAUUGAAUACUGUCAGUGCCCUUCAGCCAAAGACCACCAGGAACACACCAACAAUGAGACAAGUGAAUUGCUAGUCACUACAUCAGACCAGUGGCCUCCUCCAACAUAGGCGGCUGAGAGAAAUCACCUGCAUUUUGUACCCUCUCCGAAAUGGCUCAUCAAGCACAGCGAAUGACAAGAUUGGAGAGAGGAGGUGGGAAACCUAUCCCCGGAUGGCACAGCUGAGACAGAGACUCCUGGGAGAGUUGGCUCUCAAGGUUCUGAUUUAGAUUCAUCAGCUGCUCCUAUAAACACAGUGGAUGUCAAUAAUGAAAGCUCUUCAGAGGGUUUCAUCUGUCCAUUAUGUAUGAAAAGAUGUAUAACUGCUAGUGAUUUGUCGGAGCAUUACCAGCAAGUGCACGCUGAAAAUGAAACAAGAGGACAGGAACUUCUUAAUGACUCCAGUGUUACUGGUUUCAUAUGUCCCCAGUGUAUGAAAUCCCUUGGGUCUGCUGAUGAACUUUUCAAACACUAUGAGGUAGUUCAUGAUGCUGGUAAUGAUUCAAGUCAUGGAGGAGAGGCUCUUGCUCUGAAGCGAGAUGAUUUAACACUACUUAGACAAGAGGUCCAAGACCUUCAGGCUUCACUUAAGGAAGAAAAAUGGUACUCAGAAGAAUUAAAGAAAGAAUUAGAAAAAUUUCAAGGGCUGCAACAGCAAGAGUCUAAACCUGAUGGAUUGGUGGCUGAUUCAUCAGCAGAACUACAGUCUUUGGAACAACAAUUAGAAGAAGCCCAAACAGAAAAUUUUAAUAUUAAGCAAAUGAAAGACUUAUUUGAACAGAAAGCAGCCCAACUUGCCACUGAAAUUGCAGAUAUAAAGUCAAAAUAUGAUGAAGAAAGGAGUCUUCGAGAAGCUGCUGAACAAAAAGUGACAUAUCUGACAGAGGAAUUAAACAAAGAAACAAUUAUAAUUCAAGAUCUGAAGACUGAACUGCUUCAGAGACCUGGUAUAGAAGAUGUUGCUGUGCUAAAGAAAGAACUGGUCCAAGUUCAAACACUAAUGGACAACAUGACGUUGGAGCGUGAAAAAGAAUCUGAAAAACUCAAAGAUGAGUGUAAAAAGUUACAAGCAGAAUAUGCUAACUCAGAGGCCACAAUAAGCCAGCUAAGGAGUGAACUUGCCAAAGGCCCCCAGGAAGUUGCUGUGUAUGUGCAGGAACUACAAAAACUUAAAAGUUCACUUAAUGAAUUAACACAAAAAAAUCAGAACUUGACUGAAAAGCUUCGAAAGAAAGAACUGGAGUGUACUCAGUUAGAGGAGAAACAUAACGAAGAAUGUGUGAGUAAAAAGAAUAUACAAGCAAGCCUUCAUCAAAAAGACCUAGAUUGUCAGCAGCUUCAGUCAAGAUUAUCUGCAUCUGAAACCUCCCUGCAGAGAAUACAGGCAGAACUAGGUGAAAAGGGGGAAGCUACGCAGAAGCUCAAGGAAGAAUUAUCAGAAGUAGAGGCCAAGUACCAGCAUCUUAAGGCUGAAUUUAAACAGCUACAACAACAGAGAGAAGAGAAAGAGCAGCACGGGUUACAACUCCAAAGUGAAAUUAAUCAAUUACAUAGCAAACUUCUGGAGACAGAGCGCCAACUAGGUGAAGCUCAUGGUAGGCUGAAGGAACAGAGACAGCUUUCAAGUGAAAAGUUGAUGGAUAAAGAACAACAAGUGGCUGAUCUACAACUCAAACUUUCUCGUUUAGAAGAACAGUUGAAGGAAAAAGUAACAAAUUCCACAGAAUUGCAGCAUCAAUUAGAUAAAACGAAGCAACAACAUCAAGAACAGCAAGCCCUUCAGCAAAGCACUACAGCAAAACUUCGAGAAGCUCAGAAUGAUUUAGAACAAGUAUUACGUCAAAUUGGCGAUAAGGACCAGAAGAUCCAGAACCUUGAAGCCUUAUUACAGAAGAGUAAAGAAAAUAUUUCCUUACUAGAAAAAGAAAGAGAAGAUCUUUAUGCAAAAAUUCAGGCUGGUGAAGGAGAGACUGCUGUUCUCAACCAGUUACAAGAAAAAAACCAUACCUUACAGGAACAAGUAACUCAACUAACAGAGAAGCUGAAGAAUCAGUCAGAAAGCCAUAAACAAGCCCAGGAGAAUUUGCAUGACCAAGUGCAAGAGCAGAAGGCACAUCUUAGAGCUGCACAAGACCGUGUCCUUUCCUUAGAAACUAGUGUCAAUGAAUUAAAUAGUCAAUUAAAUGAGAGCAAGGAGAAGGUUUCCCAGCUUGACAUACAGAUUAAAGCCAAAACUGAAUUAUUGCUAUCAGCAGAAGCAGCAAAAACUGCUCAAAGAGCAGAUCUUCAGAAUCAUUUGGACACAGCCCAAAAUGCAUUACAAGAUAAACAGCAGGAGUUAAAUAAGAUCACUACUCAGUUGGAUCAAGUCACUGCAAAGUUACAGGAUAAGCAAGAACAUUGCAGUCAGUUGGAAAGUCAUCUUAAAGAAUAUAAAGAGAAACACCUUUCUUUAGAACAAAAAACUGAAGAAUUAGAAGGUCAAAUUAAGAAACUAGAAGCUGAUACUCUUGAAGUUAAAGGAAACAAGGAGCAAGCUUUGCAGGAUCUACAACUGCAAAGACAGCUGAAUACAGAUUUAGACCUUAGAGCCACAGAAUUGAGUAAACAACUUGAAGUGGAGAAAGAAAUAGUAUCCAGUACAAAGUUGGAACUACAGAAAAAAUCUGAAGCUCUUGAAAAUAUUAAGCAAAUGCUUACCAAGCAAGAGGAAGAAAAAAAAAUCCUUGAACAAGAAAUUGAAAAUUUAAGUCAAGAUGCAAAGAUGCAGCACAAGGAAUUGAAUAACAAAAUUCAAACAGCAGCAGCAGAACUGCAAAAAUCGAAGAUGGAGAAAGAAACUCUAAUGACAGAGCUUUCUGCGGCCAAAGAGAAUUUAUCAAAAGUUUCUGAUUCUUUGAAGAACUCCAAAAGUGAAUUUGAAAAGGAAAACCAGAAAGGAAAAGCUGCUAUAUUAGAUUUGGAAAAAACUUGCAAAGAAUUAAAGCAUCAGCUUCAAGUACAGACAGAAAAUGCACUUAAGGAACAGAAUGAACUGAAAAAGUCACUUGAAAAAGAGAAGCAAACUUCUCAUCAGUUGAAUUUGGAACUCAGUUCAAUGCAGGGACAAGUGGCACAGGCCCAGAAUACUUUAAAACAAAAGGAAAAAGAAGAACAGCAACUUCAGGGGAACAUAAAUGAGCUAAAGCAAUUGACUGAACAGAAGAAAAAGCAAAUUGAAGCACUCCAAGGAGAAAUUAAAAUUGCUGUUUCACAGAAGACAGAGCUUGAGAAUAAAUUACAGCAGCAGUCAACACAAGCAGCCCAGGAACUUGCAGCAGAGAAAGAGAAAAUGUCAGUGUUACAAAAUACCUAUGAAAAAAGUCAGGAAAAUCUAAAACAGCUUCAAUCUGAUUUCUAUGGGAAGGAAUCUGAACUUCUUGCCACAAGGCAAGAUCUUAAGUCUGUAGAAGAGAAGCUUUCUCUAGCACAGGAGGACUUGAUUUCAAACAGAAAUCAAAUUGGAAACCAAAAUAAAUUAAUUCAAGAACUGAAGAGUUCCACGGCUACGUUGGAGCAGGAUUUAGCAAAGAAAGAGCAACAGUUGAAGGAGCAGUGUAAAACGCUACAAGAUAUUAAAAAAGAAAAGUCACUGAAAGAAAAAGAACUAGUAAAUGAAAAGUCUAAAUUGGCAGAGAUAGAGGAAAUUAAGUGUAGACAGGAAAAAGAAAUUGCUAAAUUGAGUGAAGAACUCAAGUCCCACAAGCAAGAAAGCAUAAAGGAGGUAACAAAUCUCAAGGAUGCCAAACAGCUUUUGAUUCAGCAGAAACUCGAGCUUCAAGGGAAAGUAGAUUCCCUGAAGACAACCCUUGACCAGGAGAAGAGAAACCAGCAAAUGCUAAAAGAGCAGGUGAAAAAGGAAGAAGAUGAACUGAAGAAAGAGUUUACUGAGAAGGAGGCUAAACUGCAUUCCGAAAUAAAAGAAAAAGAAAUAGGAAUGAAGAAGCAUGAAGAAAAUGAAGCUAAACUUACCAUGCAGAUUACAGCAUUAAAUGAAAACUUGGGCACCGUAAAGAAGGAGUGGCAGUCUAGUCAACGUAGAGUCGGCGAGCUCGAGAAACAGACGGACGACUUACGGGGUGAAAUUGCAGUAUUAGAAGCCACAGUUCAGAAUAAUCAGGAUGAAAGGAGAGCCCUACUAGAAAGAUGUCUUAAAGGAGAAGGUGAAAUAGAAAAGCUUCAAACCAAAGUACUAGAAUUGCAAAGAAAGCUGGAUAAUACGACCGCAGCGGUGCAGGAGCUGGGCAGAGAAAAUCAAUCCCUUCAAAUCAAACACACGCAAGCGUUAAAUAGGAAGUGGGCGGAAGACAAUGAAGUACAAAACUGCAUGGCCUGUGGGAAAGGCUUUUCAGUAACAGUGAGACGGCAUCACUGCAGACAAUGUGGAAAUAUCUUCUGUGCUGAGUGUUCGGCCAAAAAUGCCUUAACUCCAUCUUCUAAGAAGCCUGUUCGUGUCUGUGAUGCAUGUUUCAAUGACUUGCAAGGAUAAUGGGUUAUCACAACUUCAGAAUAGUAUUACACUAACAUUAGAUUUUUAAUAAAUGCACUUAAUAGAGGUCUUGGACUACUAUUUGAUUUGGACAGUGGUUGCAAUAUUAGACCAAAUUAGAAUUCAUAUAUUUUGGAAUGUUAUCAAUAUCAAGUAAAACUCUUCUAUUUUUGUGAGACUUGGGCUCAUCUUUCAUUACUUUUUUCCAUUUAACCCCUGGAACAGCUUUCAUGCCAAGUUUAGAAUUAGCCAAUGAAAUGUAAAUAAACUUUGGACAGAAAAUAGCAAUGUAUUUUUUUAAGUAUGAUUUCAUUGUUCACAAAUGACAUGAAUAUACGCUUCCAUAGCUUACUUUUUUCUCCCAAAUUUAGUAUACAAAAAUGUACAUGGGUGAUGUUAUCACAUCAUAUAUGUUGCGCAAUAGCACAUUAUAUUAUUAUUAUAUUAGAUACUCUCUUGGUGAAGUCAUGCACAGAACUAUAAAACUUUCUUUUUUUCUUAUAUAUAGGUCCAUAGCUCAGUUGCAUUGUUAUGUUAUAAAUUUACUACUCAUGUGUUCUAAGUACAGUUUAUGUUGAAAUAUGUACUAACCAUGAAUUUGAACAUGGUUUUUGUUUUAACAAUAUUGAUUAAAUUCUCUUGGGUAGAUUUUAUGAAAACCUCUGUAAAAUCAGUUUGCUUACUUUAUGGUUAUCCUGGGGUUGUAUUUUAAAGAUUAGGGUUAAUUUUUCUUUGUCUUUUUCUAUCUCAUGUUUAAACUCUCACACACUGUUAAGAAUUCUAUAAAACUACCCACCCUCACCCCCCAGCUGGAGGAUGAAUCGUAAAAAUUGUAUAAUGGUUCUAUUGUCAGUUUCUUGUAAGUAGGAAGGUUUUGGAGAUUAGCCUUUAUAUUAUACCCUCGGAUUGUCUCUCCAGCAUUUUGGGAAUCUGAGUUUGCUUUUUUAAUGGAUCUAUUUUUCCCUUUAUUUGGUUUAACCUUUCGAACCGUGGCUCAGCUUCACUGUAAUAGUUUUAUAAUUUUGCAUCUUAAAGCCAGUAACUGAUAUUGCUCUAGUCUUAUCUGUGAAAACAAAUACACGUGGGAAGGAGACAUUAAAUAUUCGAUUUUACAUCUUCUUACCCAAUAGGGAAACAUUUUUGAAAGUUGUGAAGUUGACUUAAAUUUAAAAUGGUUAUGAAUUUGGGGUUCCAUAUUAACUGGUAAAUCUUUUCACUUUGCAAAAAUACUGCUAUGAAAUUGCUUUAAAGUAACAGCUGGAGAAUAGAAUAUCACCAAAAACAAAUAUAUUUCGGAAUCCCAAAGUUAUAAUCAGAACUGAAACAGAAUGGCUAAUUAAGGGUAAUUAAAAGUUAGCUUAUUUGUAUGCUGAACAAUGGAAUUGAACUUUAAUUUAUCAUAGUCUUCUUAAUUUGGGAAACAUCUGUAGAGAGGUCAUUAAUAAUUGGUUUAUUCUCUCUAGAGAAAAAAUAUAAAGUUAUACAUUUGUGCAGUGUAAUCAUCUGGUAAUAAUAAGGAAGAAUGGGAGUUAAUAUUUCAUUUGCAAUAGUCUAUAAUAUACACUUGCUUUCAAAUAUCAUGCCGAAAUAAAGUUAUCGUGUUUAUGCUUUACCUGUAACAUCGAUAAACGAAGAGAUUGUCAUAUUCAUUUAAUUAUUUUACAAAACUCAGUUAAGUAAAUCCUGCUGACAGUAGCUGUUAAGGACCCUGAUGGUGUCCCUAGACUAGGAUAGACAUACAUCCUUGAGCAUACAUAAAGAAGAAAUACAAUGACUCUUUAUUAAAAACAACAGCUGGAUGAUAUAAAUUGAGCUAAAAUUAUUUGUGCAUUUUCAUAUGCUUAUAAAUCCUUUCAAAGAGUCUUAAUUCUACACUUUAAAUAUAAGGAAGUUAAUAUGAAACUUAGAAAUUUUCUAUGUUGGAAAAAUAGAUAUUCACAGUACCUUUUUUUUUUUUUUUUUUUUUAAGAUAGUAAAACUUCAUGAGGAUUCUAGGUUAGAAUAUUUGUUCACUUCAUCUCCUAACUGGGUGCGCUGAAGGCCUUUUCCCGUCUUAUCCACCCACCCACAUAUUCACAAAAAAAAAUGUCGGGAGGGCAACAAACAAAAUUGUAUGUGUUUGAGUAAUCACUAGUUUUCAUCUAGCUAAAUCUCAUUUUAUAGGUCCUGAAUAAUUUACCAUAGGCUACUACACUAAUGCUAUCAGAAAUGAACCUUUUUUGUGUGUGUGCUUAACUCUCACUAAUUUAACGUGUUUUUAAAGAAAACAAAAAGUGUUUUCUUUUUCUUUUAACUAAAAAGUCAUCUUCUGAGUUCUUACUGGCUCUACAUUUUAGAUGUUUGCUGGUACUAUUUGUCAGUGAGUUAGGGGUGGCACGUCCCAGCUCUUGGCUCUAAUGCGAAGCCUGUUGGCAUCACAUGUUAGUAAAUUCCAAACCCCAGCAUAGAAAUGUGAAUUAAAAUCAAGUUUUGCUGGGUUAGAGUACAAUAAAGUAUACCUACAGAUUUUUUUUUAAUAGGAAGAAGACAAAGCUGCUGGUAUAGGAUUAGUUCAUUUUGAAGAAAAAAGAGGGAAACACAAAGACCUCAAUGCAGUGUACAAAUAACAUUUUGUUCAACUACCUCUUAAUGUGGAAUUAGCUAGUUUGAUAGUUUCCUCACAGUAAUGUUAAAUAGUAACUGCCAAAUUUGUUAGUUUCCCAUCUCUCUUAGAAAGGCUUUGGAUUAUUUUAUAGUUUUGAGAACUUUGAAGCCACUUUUUUUUAACUUUGCAUUUGCAUAAAAAUGUUUAGCUUCUAAGUGGAGAGCAAAUUAUGAUCAUAUAUUUUGAUAUUCAUGACCUAUUUGACUAUAGCAAUUUUUUUUAAUGCACUUUGGCUAUAAAACCAUGGAUGAUUUGAUCCAUAAGAGUUAAAUGUGCCAUCAAUUUAGUAUUCCUAGACAUGAGCUUGAUGAAUGGCAUUCUGUAAUUAUAAUGUGCCACACAUUAUCGUGUCUUAAUUGCCCUUUGCCUGAAUUUUAAUGAUCAAUUUGUUAUUGUUGCAGAUGUGAAUAUUGUGCAUAAACUUACUAAAUUUAUGUAAAAUUGUAUAAAAUAGAAUUGGAAAUAGCUAAGUUCUUUCUGUGUAGAAGUAAUGAAUUUAUUGUAACAUGAUGCAGUUAUGUAUAUGACAUUCUGUACUUCCUUGAACUGGAUCAUAUAUUCAUAGUUUCUAUAGAAACUUUUGCAUGAAUAUUUUCUCAUUUAGGUUUUGGAUUCAUUGUUUGUAUUGUGUUUACUACUUGUGAUCAUGUAGUUGUGCCUUAUUUUGUGAGAGAGUUUAGCUCAGUAAAUACUGUAAUUUCUAAACUCAGUGAGUGGAAGGUUAUCGAUUAUAAAUGUAACUGGUAAAUUACACAACAGCAUUUAAAUCUGUAUAAAGAAAAAUGGAAGGAUCCUUAUUGAAUUGUUGAUUUUGUUUUUUUUAAUUUGUUAAAGGUGAUAUUAAAAAACCAAUUCUUUCUAGUA